CUCAGUAAUGGAAAGUAGCUAUUGGCGGUUCGUUUUUUAAUUGAUUUUUAUUUGUCGCUAGAGGGGUCUGAAUACUCGCUAAAUACAGCGACUGAGUCUCUAAGUUGACAACACAGCGAUUGUAGAAUCAGCUUUAUCCAUCUCGAUAGACCAGACUGCCCGGAAGCUCAUCACCCGGACCGGAAGCUCACCGCCCGGAAGCUCAUCACCCGGACCGGAAGCUUAUCACCCGGACCGGAAGCUCACCGCCCGUCCACUGUGGACAUGUUGCCAUGGUAACGCUGGUGACUAAAACAUGUCUGCAAAAGCGAAACAAAGCAACAAGUCAGCGGAUAAAAAUGCAAACGAUAGAAAUGACGUUGCGUCCAAAGAAAGUGAUGCUGAAAAAGCCAACCCUCAAUGGAAACCUAUUUCCCAUGAACAAAUCAACACGCUGUUGGAUUUGACAGUGGAACAAGUGCAAUUCCAGUUUGAAGAAAUACUUGGUUUGAAGAACUACCAGACGUGUCUGAAGGAGGCUUCCCGGUUGGACUACUUUGUCUCUGGCUUCUGGUGGACCAGGGAGAUGAACUACACCUGUCAACAGAUCUCAUUCAUCAUGGCUCUACUGCAAUUGUUACUGGACAACAUCAGUGAGAAGCAGAUGCCGUUUGUUGAUAACCUGAAUGAGUUGGCCAAGAUGAUAUCAGGAACGCGCCAGUCUCCUUCUCCAGAGGUCGACUCACUGUUUGAUGCUGAGCAGGCCAUGUCCAUCACUGACUACCUGAAGUGCAGUCUCUUUCAGAACUACCAACUCUAUGAGUUUCUCUUCAGCCAACCUAGAGAGGAGCUGCUCCUUGGGAAGAAGAGGACCAUAGAGGUGAUCAGCUCAGCAGACUUUGUAGCCCCGUUGGAAGAAGGCAUGAAUACUGAUGACUACCUCCAUUACAUGACUCCUGUUGAACAGCAGGAAGAGGGACAGAGGACCAGCCAGGAGGAGGAUGGAGAGGUACCAGGUGAAACAGCUCUGGAGCAGGAGAAGGAGAACAAGGCUACAUGGUUGGAAGGAUACAACGUUCAGGAUGUCAAAGACGUGCUGGGAGACCUGACCAAAGAGAUGCUGGGAACCCUACAG